CGUGAAAAAAAAUUAUUCGAUGAUCUUUACUUUAAUAUUUGAUUGUUUUGUGGCUUUAACGUGAAGCUGCAAAAUUGUUGUUAAACAUCUUCUGGUUCUCGUUUUCCCUUUCCAUAUUCUCAACAGAUAAUCCUAUCAAAAGUAAACAAGAAACAUUUUUUCUUGAUUUUCCCAGAAAAAUCCCGAAUACUUUUUUGAAGGUUCUUUAAUAAAGACAGGAUCUUUGCAUGCAAGUCAUCAAUUAUUUUAUCAUUUUCUCACAUUCUUGCUGUUCUUUAAAGAGAGAGAAACAAUCUGCAGUAUUGGUUUGGUCACUUGCAGCCUAAGAAAGGUAUAUUUCUUCAUCUUCAUUUCUCUCUGAAUUGGGAUUUGGACGUAAAUAUCUUGGAAUUUUCUAGGUAAUCUUCAUUUCUUGGUGUUUUUGUUUGAGCUUUUAGGAGUGAAGAUUGUUUUUUUGUUUUUUUUCCUCGGAGCUAUUCUCAUGUAAUUUGAAUGUGAAUCCAAGGUUCAGAGCGAUAUUGGCAUAUGAAUUUUUAUGGUGGUGUUCUGUGUAUAAGCUGGGUUUCGAUUGGUGAAUUUUCUUCAAUUUCUUGUUUAAUUACAUGUUGAUUUAUUUAGUCCUGUAAUUGGAAAUCACAAUUUUUAGACCUGGGAUUUGAUUCAGUUAAAAUGGUUGGUUAUAAAAGGUUUAUACUUUAAGAGACUUUUCUGAAGUUUGAAAUCUUGAGUUUAAUAUGGGGAAGAAUAGUGGGAAGAACAAAAUAGAGUGGGGAAGUAAAUCAUUUGAGCUGAGACGAAGUAGAGGUAGUGAGAAUAGCCCAAAAGCGAUCGAUAAGGACACUACAAUGUUCAUCUUAAUGUCGCAGGAAGUGAAGGAUGAGGGGAAUAAGUUGUUUCAAAGCAAGGAUUAUGAAGGUGCUAUGUUAAAUUAUGAGAAAGCUAUCAAGUUGCUUCCAAGGAACCAUAUCGAUGUGUCCCACCUUCGGAGUAAUAUGGCUGCGUGUUAUAUGCAAUUGGGCAUUAAUGAAUUUCCAAGGGCAAUCCAUGAGUGCAAUUUGGCUCUUGAAGUUGCUCCGAAGUAUAGUAAGGCGCUAUUGAAAAGAGCGAGAUGUUAUGAGGCUUUGAAUCAGUUGGAUUUGGCACUCAAUGAUGUUAGAACUGUUUUGAAGUUGGAACCGAAUAAUUUCAUGGCAGCUGAAAUUGAAGGAAGGGUGAAAACAGCGAUAAAAAAAAAGUAUUUCUGUCGCUAA